AUGACAACGAAUACAUUGUUGUUAAGUGAUUUUGAACAUCAGUAUUCAGUGCAGACUGCUGAAAUUACAGCACGUAUUGGACGUUUGAGAGAUUUAGAUCAAAAUGGGCGAGUUGAAGGGAUUCAGCAGAUUCAGCGUUUAUUGGUUGAUGUUGAAAAUCUUCUGGAGCAGAUGGAAUUGACGGUCAGGGAAUUAAUGCCAUCAAGUGCUGAACGAUCAAAAUAUGAAUUAAGAGUUCGUAGCUAUCGGAAUGACAAAAAGCAGUUAGAUGCUGAACUGGAUAAAGCAGUUCAACGCUUGAAGGAUAACGCUGACCGCGAUGAACUGUUGGCAUAUGAUAAUCAAAUUUCUUUGAACCAACAAGACCAACUGAUUGAAAAUACCGAAAGAUUGGAGAGAACAUCCAGAAGACUUCAAGAUACUUAUAGAAUGGUGAUUGAAACGGACCAGAUUGGAACAGAAGUGUUAAACGAUCUGAGUUCGCAGCGUGAAACAAUAAUGCGGGCACGUGAACGUAUGCGACAAGCAGAUAGAGAUUUAAAUAGAAGCCAUAAAAUGUUAUCGGUAAUGAUUCGCAGAAUAAUCCAGAAUCGUUUACUACUACUUAUUGUCGCUGUGCUACUUCUGUUUUCACUGUUAUUCAUCAUUUAUAAAUCGUUGUGA